UAAGACUAUCACUCCUUCCCACCCCUUUUCCGUGAAUAUAAAACAGACACAGAAAAUUUUCUCGGCGCAUUUCGCAAAACGGAGGACUGGCUGUCCCUUCGGCGAGCCAGCUUUGUUUUCGCGAAUAUUGGCCUACGUUAAAUUACAAAAAUGAUUCGGAUUCUGAUCUUAGUGUCUAUAGGCACUGUUAUAAGCGCCUCACCUUAUUUCGUGAAUUAUCCGUUUGGAUUGGACAGUUUGUUCGGCGUAAAGCGCGAAGCUUCCGUUGGAAAUAAAGAAAAGGAACGAUCGGUAUGCGAGACCGAGGAGUGCAAGCUGAUCGCUAAAGUAAUUAAGGAAAGUAUGGAUGAGUCCUUGGAUCCCUGUGAUGAUUUUUACGAUUACGCGUGCGGGAAGUGGACCAAGAAUAAUCCGCUUUCUGAGAACAUGACUUCUUCGAAUUUGUGGGACAUGGUGGAAAAAAAAAUUGAGAGCCAAGUUAAAGCGAUUAUUCGAGAACCUAUUCAACCGGACGACAUGUUUGCUGUGAAACUGGCCAAAAAAUGGUACAUAAGUUGCAUGGACGAAGAGGCGCAAAAAAUUCAAUCGCUUCUACCACUAGUAUCUACUUUAUGGAGGCACGGAGGUUGGCCAUUGAUAAUGGAGGAUGGGGAAUGGGAUGAUCGAAUAUACAACUGGCAAACGGUUGACGACCAUUAUGCCCGUUUAUACGGGGUAAAUGCCUUCCAUGAUUUAAUCUAUGGCCAAGUAUCAUACGAGGACAACGGAACGAUAAUUCUGGACACGCCUCACCUGUCAUACCAGAUGUACAAAAUUAUGUCUGACGAAGAACCUGAAGAAGAUGGGUACGACGCCAGCGACGAGAACAACGAGAGCGGGGAGGGUAGCCAGGAGAAAGGCAGCAAGGAACGUAAGAACUCUAAUGAAGAUGAAGAAGAAGACGAGGGGAUCGAGGAAGACAAAGAAGACGAAGAAGAAGAGAACGACGCGGAAGAACUGCGAAACAGAAGAGUGUCCAGAAGAAAGAACCACAAGAGCCUGGGCCAUAAGAAGAGAACCAGCAGCAAACACAGCGUAAGCAGGAGGCACAAGCACGAAAAGAAGACUAGGAGAAGAACGAAGAGGGACCUGAUCCAGGAUAUAGUGUUCAGCAAGGUACGGAGCCUCAAGAGAAACGCGAAGCACGUGGCUCACGGGAAAUCGAAGAGGACAAGUGGAAGAUCAUCGAGACAUGGACACCUAACUGUUGGCCGUCGCCACAGGACCUCUGCUGGGAAGAACGAUGUGAAACCUAAAGGCAACGACAAGGACGCAAGCGUUAAACCGGAGGACAGUAAGAAGCACGUUGGACACAGCAGUGGAAAGAGGAACAAGGAGGAAGAUAAGAAAGGAAAGAGGAUUAACAAGCAUCAACAAAACGGUAAGAGAAGGAAUAAGAGGGAUAGAGGUCUGCAGAAGCAUGUAGAUGGAAGCAAGACGAUCAACGGCCAUCAUGGACACAAGCAGCGAAGGAUCAGUCACCACAGAGUUCAUCACGUCGCGAGGAAGAUGGAAGAUGAGGAUGCCGAAGACAGCAGCGAUAACGAGGUUAAUACCGAGGAUGAUUCUAGCGCAGAGAAUGGAGAAGACGAGGGCGGUGAAAAUGAAACUGGCGAAACUGACGGUGAAGAUGAGGGUAGCGAUGAUGGAGAUGAGAAUGGCGAUGAAGACGAUGAGGAUAACGAUGAGGAUGACGAGGAUAGCGAUGAGGAUGACGAACCCAGCAAAGAGGAACAGAUUGAGACCUACAAAAGUUAUAUAUUGAGCGUGGCGACUGUACUUUCGAAGAUUAGAGGGAUAGAUAUUCCACGAGAGAAGAUCAAGAAAGGUGUGGAUGAUCUAGUACAAUUCUCGAUUAAAUUGGCGAAGAUCUCGAGGACUCCGUUUGAGAUGGAGAACGGGACGCUUAAUGAAUUCCAGGAACAUUUCGAUGCUUUGGAUUCUACCACGCCAAAUAGCAAGGUAAAUUGGAGGAAAAAGGUGCUGAAACUAUUUUCGGAAGCAGGAGUGGAGAUCGAGGGAGAUGUGGACGUCGUAUUAACGUGCCCAGAUUAUUUCGACAAGCUGCACGCUUUGCUCGAUGAAACGCCGGCUGAAGUACUCGUGAAUUACGUCCAUUGGAUCUUCAUCGAUCUCAUAUCGCCCAUGAUCUCGCAAGAUGUGCGUGAUUUAUCUGGCAAUCGGUUUGGUGCAGACCUCGAGGAAAGAGAAGACCUGUGCAUGGAAGUGGAAUUGUCCGAAGUAAUAGCGUACCAAUAUGCCAAGAAACAUUUCUCGGAAAAGUUAGAGAAAACGGCCCGAGACAUGAUCGACGAUAUACAAAAGGAAGUUGAAUAUCAGAUCAAGGAGUCAACAUGGAUGGACGAGGACACGAAGCACUUCAUUUUGGACAAACUGGUGCAUAUGGAAAAUAUGAUUGGCUAUCCAGAAUGGUUCCGCAAUACUACCGCCGUUAAACGUUACUUCCAAGGGCUUACGAUUGGCCCAAGCUUUUAUGAAAACGUACAGAACUACAUGAGACACCGCAAAUUGAAGGAGUUGCGUAAAUUAGAAGAUUCGGAUUUGCCAGAGGUAUCUGUAGAUCCUCUGAUGCUAAACGCGUUCUUCAUGCCAACAGAUAAUUCCAUAGCAAUCAGCGCAGCUGAUCUCCAAAAUCCUUUCUUCGCGCUGAAUAGGCCAUGGAAUGUGAACUUUGGUAUUAUUGGAGUUGUUAUGGCUCACGAAGUGAAUCAUGGCUUCGAUGAUGAAGGUCAUUUGUACGAUAUGUCCGGUACACCUAUGGAAUGGUUGUCCGCCAUGGCGUCGGCUUACGAUAAGAGGGCAGAGUGUUUCGUCCACCAAUUCAACAAGUACAGCCUCGUUAAAGGGGAUAAUUUCACAGUUAAGGAUUAUGGUAAUCGAACGGCGGGCGAAAAUAUUGCCGACACGAUGGGUCUGCAGGCUGUGUUCAGAGCUUACCAGCGACGAUUAAGAGAAUGCGAUAAACCAGAUCCAGCGUUACCAGGAUUAGAGAAAUACGACAACAAUCAAACCUUCUUCUUAGCUUUCGCUAACCUGUGGUGCGAAGCCGAGAACCCAGAAGCCGUGAAGAGAGGCGCGAAGUAUGACGUGCAUAGUACAGGUCGUCUCCGGGUGAUCGGUUCCGUGUCGAAUUCCGACGACUUCGCCAAAUCCUUCAACUGUCCAGUUGGUAGCGCAAUGAAUCCCAAGAACAAAUGCAACAUAUGGACAUAAUUCGAACGAUUUCGUAUUAAUUCCAUUCGUUUCACACGUACAACCGUCAAAAUAUACUUCCAAUGAAUAUUUAAACAUACGUAAACGCGAAUUAUUUUACUACUUAAUAAAAUCUGUGCUCUAAAUUCCUUU